UCAGUGACCACUGACCAGUCCAUAGAUAAAAGAUUACCAGUCACCAGCAGCAGCAUAUACAAAGAAGAAAGAAUAUUGAAUACACCGUCCAGUAGAUAUUAGAUAAUAGAUAGUUCGAACUUUGACUUGUGAGUUUUGAGGCAAGUUGUAAGUGUUUGAUGGUGUGAAUAGACGAAAAGUCGAAUUCAUAAUUUACAAAUUGAAUGGUUAUAACUUAAAAGAUAUCCAUACAUCCUGUUGAUAAGGUUCAUCAUUUUUAAGAAGUACCUAAUCCAAUUAAUUUGCUCGACAUUUAGAUAUCUUAAAAGUAAAAACGUGGUUUUUUAAUAUGGCGUCUACAUCAAGAGAUUCCCAAGAAAUCAUUGCCAAAAAGACAUGGGAAUUGGAAAAUAGUGUGCAAACUGUUAAUACAGUCGACGACAUAUUCAAAUAUGACAAACAACAACAACAGGAUAUUUUGACUGCUAAACCUUGGGAGAAAGAUCCACAUUAUUUUAAAGAUAUAAAAAUAUCCGCAUUAGCUCUACUAAAAAUGGUGAUGCAUGCUCGAUCUGGUGGUAUUUUGGAAAUAAUGGGUCUAUUACUUGGCAAAGUUGAAGGUAAUACUAUGAUUGUCAUGGAUUCUUUUGCUUUGCCUGUUGAAGGAACAGAAACAAGAGUCAAUGCCCAAGCACAAGCGUAUGAGUACAUGACGGCAUACAUUGAAUCUGCUAAAGUAGUGGGACGUCAAGAAAAUGCGAUUGGUUGGUAUCAUAGCCACCCUGGCUAUGGAUGCUGGUUAUCAGGUAUUGAUGUUUCUACACAAAUGUUGAAUCAAAAUUUUCAAGAACCUUUUGUAGCAAUCGUGAUUGAUCCAGUUAGAACAAUUUCUGCUGGUAAAGUUUGUUUGGGGGCAUUCCGUACUUAUCCUAAGGGUUACAAGCCAGCAAAUGAAGAACCGUCUGAGUAUCAAACUAUUCCAUUGAAUAAAAUUGAAGAUUUUGGAGUACACUGUAAACAAUACUAUUCAUUGGAAGUAAACUAUUUCAAAUCUUCCCUGGAUCGACGUUUACUAGAUUCAUUAUGGAAUAAAUAUUGGGUGAACACUUUAAGCUCGUCCAGUUUAAUAACUAAUGCUGAUUACCUAACUGGUCAAAUAAAUGAUCUUUCCGAUAAGCUAGAACAAGCAGACACUUCUCUGAGUCGUACAUUUUUCGAGCCUGUUGAUCGUACUAAAACUGAAAAUAAAUUGGUAAAAGCUACAAAAGAUAGUAAUAAAGCUACAAUUGAAAUAUUAUGUGGAUUAAUGUCUCAAACAAUUAAAGAAGCUCUGUUUAAUAGUUGUACACCAAAGAAUAAUCAACAAUAAAUUACAAAUCUGUAUUAUAAUUACUAAGUAAAUAAUUAAAAUUCUCGACAUAACUUAUUAUAAUACUUACAUUUUUUUAAAUAAACUAUAUAUUAUUUGCAAAAUAAAAAAUGUAUGUUAUUUUAUCAUUAGAACUGUUGUUAUAUUAGCAGUCAUAAGGUAAAAUGGCAAAAUAAAUAUUUUUGGUAAGAACAUUAUAUUAUAGAAUAUAGCAUAAAUAACAUAAUUUAUAUUAAAAAGUAA